AUGCCGCAGCUACUGAACUGGGGCUACUGGCGCGCGGCGUUGGCCUGGACCCGCCGCCCGAGGUUUUCGAGGUUCACGACGGGGCACCACAGGGCUUCGUGCGGGCCUGGCUGCUCCUGGGAUCCCCGGGCCAGAGUGAUCUCGCUGCAGGGAGAGCUGGACAGGUUCGGGGGCGUCUCCGUGCACUUGGCGCGGCUUGCUGAGCUGGAUCGCCUUGACAGUGCUGACUUCCAGAGAGGCUUGCAGGCUGCAAUCCAGCAAUGGCGAUCAGAAGGUAGAAUAGCCGUUUGGCUGCACAUUCCUAUCCUCCAAAGCCGAUUUAUUGCCUCUGCUGCUUCCCUGGGCUUCUGCUUUCAUCACGCAGAAUCAGAUUCAUCAACGCUUACACUGUGGCUGGGAGAAGGGCCUAGCCGACUGCCGGGAUAUGCUACACAUCAAGUAGGAGUAGCAGGAGCUGUAUUUGAUGAAAAUACUAGGAAAAUAUUGGUUGUACAAGACCGAAAUAAAUUAAAAAAUAUGUGGAAGUUUCCAGGAGGCCUGUCAGAGCCUGGAGAAGAUAUUGGAGAUACAGCAGUUCGAGAAGUUUUUGAAGAGACUGGUAUCAAAUCAGAAUUCAGAUCCCUCCUGAGUAUUCGGCAGCAGCAUAUCAAUCCAGGAGCUUUCGGGAAAUCAGACAUGUAUAUCAUCUGCCGCCUAAAGCCGUGUUCAUUCACCAUCAAUUUUUGUCAACAUGAAUGCAUAAGGUGUGAGUGGAUGGAUCUUAUUGACUUGGUCAGGGCUGAAAAUACAACUCCCAUCACCAGCAGAGUUGCUAGACUGCUGCUGUAUGGGUCCAGAGAAGGAUUUGACAAAAUUGAUCUGACCAGGGAAGAAUUUCCAGCAGUUUACACAGGCCUGUUCUAUAAACUCUAUCACAAAGAACUGCCAGAGAAUUACAAAACUAUGGCAGGAAUGUACUAAAUUCACAUUUGCAUAUUUAAAUAGUUUUAAAGUAAUUUAUAUUUUGAUUCAUGUGUGCAGUAUUAUAAGAAGUAGUGGACAUUUUGAAUGAUUAAAUAUUUGACUUUAAUUUUCUAAUGUGCAUGGUUUUUAUGAAGAAAAAUUGUUUAUAAAUAUACACAUUUUUUUUUUAAAAGCCCCAUUUCAAAUAAAGUAAAUACAUGAAAAAGA